AUGAGAAUCGCAGCAGUGUUAGUUGCAGCUGGUCAGCUGGCUUAUGUCUCAGGCGCGACUAUUGUUCGCCGCGAUGAUAUAUUCGAUAACCCUACCUGCGGCAUUGGCGGCCGUGACAUCUUCCUACAUCACGGCGACCUAGAAUCGACAGUGGAGAAAUUUGCUAGAUGGGUUGAGACAGGAGCAGGCGGUCUAGUGGCAGCUGAUGGCAAAUUCCAUGAUAAACUCUCGUAUGACGGCGAGAGCGUCACUCUCUUUGCCUUGCGUGGAGCGCUGGGUGCGGGUGGCUUCCUUGACGAACAAUGCAAGAACGACAAUGCUGGGUAUGAGAGCAGCAAUGAUCUCAAUAUUGGUCGCACCACCAAACCGUGGCAAAGUGUUCGGAUUCUUGGUGUUUCCACAGUUCCCCUCAUGUCCCGCGCGAAGCUUGGGGCCAGAUGUCCUUCUCACAGCGACGUCAUCCUUCCAAUGCAGGACCCCUACAUGACUCAGAUCGUCGAUGGAAGAAAGAACUACGAGUUUCGGAAAUAUCGUCUCAGACCCAGUGUGAAAAGAAUCUGGUUCUAUCGGACUGCCCCACACUCCAGCAUCACGCAUGUCUGCGAAACAUUGUCCGCCCGGACGCGGAAUUCUGGCGAUCCUCCACUCGAAGAAAACGGGCUGGGUAAUGUCGAAUUCAACACUAGACACAAAGACUGGGAUGGCUAUGAUUUCGCUUACAAAAUGGUCACGGUCUGUGAGCUCCGACAACCGAUCACGUUGAAGGAGAUGAAGGAGAAGCAUGGGUUCAAGUUGGCGCCGAGGGGUCUUGUUUAUUUACCCAAGUCGAUUAGCGAUAGUGUCGAUUUGAAUCAACAAAAUCUAUUGCUCGACAGGAGAAAUUGA